UGUUGUAACCUACUCUCGAACCACACCUCUCUAUAAAUUUCAUUUAAGAAAAAAAGGCAGUAGGAGUGCAGUUUCAUUUUAUUGCCAGAAUCUCACCUACAUGGAAGAAGCCUUUUAAAAACCCAACAUCCUGCAUCUCUUCACUAGCAAUUGCUUUUUUGUUUUUAAUUUUUAACGAUUAUAUCCCCCAGCCAAUUUUAGCAACUGUGUUACUUUUAUAACCACCGGCUUCGGUUUUUUUCUAUUUAUUUCACAGCAUUGCCCCAAACGCAGGAGCGCAACGACGCAACUGAUCAUUAUAUCCUUUCAAUAAUAUAUGAAAACCUACUCUCAUUUUCUAUUAUUUUUCCCCCACAGUUCUGAUCAUUUCCAGGACGAAAUAGCGGUUAUAUUAUGAGGCUCGUGUGGGAUACAGUUUCUGAGGCUCGUCCGAUUGCCGUUGUAAACAGAGAAUAGCGUCGCUUCUGUGAAGUUACUGAAUCUAUUAUCAAGAGAGUAGAUCACAGGCGUCCCGGAUCCUGACCCCUGAUUGUAUGAAUAAGUAAGCAGGAUGCUGACGAUGACAGGAUGCCUACAGGAUUUUAGUAAGGGAUUGCGUCUGUUGAAGAGAACAAUCCACUGGAUCCCGAAGUAGCAGGGAAGCCCCCGAUGCAAGCGGAGACCAGGGAUCGCCGCCGCUACAUUAGUUGGUGAACUUGUAAGGUUGUCAUCAGCCGAAUGAAACACGCUGCGAGCGGCAGGGGCUUCGCGAUGAACCUCUGGCAUUUUUAGUUACAAAUACGGCUGAGACUUCUGAAACGGGAAUCAUCUCCUUAAAGCGGCAGAUGUACUUUUUCAUUCAUUUAUAACUUCGGCUGGGAGGGCAGCGGAGCGGCACUGACACCUAAAAUGCAUUGGAUCGCAGUCUUACUAUCUGCAUUGACUUUAUACGGGAGACUGUUACUACGAAACUGUUUAGAUUACGACGGUAGUUAUGAUUAUUAUGAAGAGGAGAGAACGGAGUCUAUUGACUACAAAGACCCAUGCAAAGCCGCUGUCUUUUGGGGAGACAUUGCAUUAGACGAAGAAGAUUUAAGAAUGUUUCAGGUCGACAGAACGAUAGACCUCACACAACAUACACACUCAAGACACACGUCAGGUGGUUUAGGGGAGCAUGACAUCAUGAAGAAGAAAGGAUCACUAUUUAUGCUGUUAGACAGGAUACGGAGGCUUGCGUUUGACAAUGGCCAGAAAAACACAAGCCGAGAGGCAGGGGGCCCCGAAUCCGCGGGGCGGAUGCUGAGGAGCAGAGUCCCACGGGCAGCCACCUCGAGGGCCGAGCGCAUCUGGCCUGGAGGAGUCAUCCCGUACGCGAUUGGAGGCAAUUUCACCGGUACCCAGCGCGCCAUGUUCAAGCAGGCAAUGAGGCACUGGGAGAAGCAGACAUGCGUCACGUUCAUCGAGAGGACGGACGAGGAGAGCUACAUUAUCUUCACGUACAGGCCUUGUGGGUGCUGCUCGUACGUGGGACGGCGGGGGAACGGUCCCCAAGCCAUUUCCAUCGGCAAGAACUGCGACAAGUUCGGCAUCGUGGUGCACGAGCUGGGUCACGUGAUCGGCUUCUGGCACGAACACACGCGGCCCGACCGGGACGAUCAUGUGACUAUCAUCCGAGACAACAUCCAGCCAGGUCAGGAGUACAACUUCCUGAAGAUGGAACCGGGAGAAGUGAAUUCCCUCGGAGAGCCGUAUGACUUUGACAGCAUUAUGCACUACGCCAGGAACACUUUCUCAAGGGGUAUGUUCCUGGACACCAUUCUACCCUCCCGAGAUGAUAAUGGAAUAAGGCCAGCGAUUGGUCAACGGACAAGGCUCAGCAAAGGUGACAUCGCCCAGGCCAAGAAGCUGUACAGAUGCCCAGCGUGUGGCGAGACGCUACAAGAUUCCAGCGGCAACUUCUCGUCUCCCGGAUACCCCAACGGAUACCCAUCCUACACACACUGCGUUUGGAGAGUAUCAGUGACGCCCGGAGAGAAGAUCGUUCUGAACUUCACCACAAUGGACCUGUAUAAAAGCAGCUUGUGCUGGUAUGACUACAUCGAAGUCCGAGAUGGAUACUGGAGGAAAGCUCCGCUUCUUGGCAGGUUCUGUGGCGACAAGGUGCCUGAGGUUCUGGUGUCCACCGAGAGCCGGAUGUGGAUCGAGUUUCGCAGCAGCAGUAACUGGGUGGGGAGAGGAUUUGCCGCCAUGUACGAAGCCAUCUGUGGAGGUGAGAUCAACAAAGACGCCGGUCAAAUCCAGUCGCCCAACUAUCCCGACGACUACAGGCCGACGAAGGAGUGCAUCUGGAAGAUAACAGUUUCUGAGAACUACAGCGUGGGCUUGACCUUUCAGGCUUUCGAGAUCGAGAGGCACGACAGCUGUGCCUAUGAUUACCUGGAGGUCCGGGAUGGCCGCUCAGUGAACAGCCCCCUGAUUGGACGCUUCUGUGGCUAUGAUAAGCCAGAAGACAUCCGCUCCACCUCCAAUCACUUAUGGAUGAAAUUUGUGUCUGACGGCACAGUCAACAAGGCUGGAUUUGCUGCAAAUUUUUUAAAAGAGGAAGAUGAAUGUGGCAAAGUCGGCAAUGGAGGCUGCGAGCAGCGGUGCGUGAACACACUGGGGAGCUUCAAGUGCGCCUGCGACCCGGGCUACGAACUGGCGCCGGAUAAGAGAAGCUGCGAAGCCGCCUGCGGGGGCCUCCUCUCAAAGCUGAACGGGACCAUCACCACGCCCGGCUGGCCCAAGGAGUACCCCCCCAACAAGAACUGCGUGUGGCAGCUGGUGGCCCCCACGCAGUACCGCAUCUCCAUGCAGUUCGAGUUCUUCGAGCUGGAGGGAAAUGAAGUGUGCAAAUACGACUACGUGGAACUGCGCAGCGGCCUCUCGUCCGACUCCAAGCUGCACGGGAAGUACUGUGGCACGGACGUUCCCGAAGUCAUAACGUCCCAGUUCAACAACAUGAGAAUCGAGUUCAAAUCCGAUAACACCGUGUCUAAGAAAGGCUUCAAGGCUUACUUCUUCUCAGACAAGGACGAGUGCGCCAAGGACAACGGCGGCUGUCAGCACGAGUGCGUCAACACCGUAGGGAGCUACGUGUGCCAGUGCCGCAAUGGAUAUGUGCUGUACGAAAACAAACACGACUGCAAGGAAGCGGAGUGCGAGCACAAAAUCCACAGCCCCAGUGGGACCAUCAGCAGCCCUAACUGGCCUGACAAGUACCCCAGCCGCAAGGAGUGUACCUGGGACAUCACCGCCACGCCCGGCCACCGUGUCAAGAUCUCCUUCAGCGAGUUCGAGAUCGAGCAGCACCAGGAGUGCGCCUAUGAUCACCUGGAGGCUUUCGACGGCAACAGCGACAAGGCAGCCAUCCUCGGGCGCCUGUGCGGCAGCAAACUCCCGGAGCCCCUGAUCUCGACGGGCAGCAGGAUGUACCUCAGGUUUAUCUCCGACGCCUCCGUGCAGAGGCUCGGCUUCCAGGCCACUCAUUCCACAGAGUGCGGUGGAAGACUGAGGGCGGAGCCCAGGCAGAAGAACCUGUACUCACACUCGCAGUUUGGGGAUAACAACUACCCAGGACACAUGGACUGCGAGUGGAGGAUAACGACUGAGAAGGGCUACAGCAUCGAGCUGACUUUCACCACGUUCGAGGUCGAGGAGGAAGCGGAGUGCGGCUAUGAUUAUAUCGAGCUGUUCGAUGGUUACGACAGCUCGGCCCAGAGGCUGGGCCGCUUCUGUGGAUCAGGGCCCCGAGAGGAGAUCUAUUCUGCCGGUGACACCAUGCUGCUGCUUUUCCAUAGUGAUGACACCAUUAGCAAGAAGGGCUUCCAUAUACGAUAUACCAGCACCAAGUUCCAGGAAACCCUGCAUACCAAAAAAUAACAAUUAAAAACGAAAAAAAAAAAAAAAAAUCCAAGAACCUCAAAGCACCCCAAGGUUUUUUUUUUUUUUAUAGGCUGAAUGAAACGCGACCUCUGCUGGUGGGGGAGAAGAAGGCAGUUGACGAUAAACCAAAAUAAAACUGUUGUAUCCUUCAUAGGAGACUCUAGAGGUGAUUGACGGACGUCAAGUAGUGGCGUCCAUGCAACGCCGUGAAGGACGCUGGAAAAGGAUCGUGGGACUUGACUGAACGCCUUGCGGUACCCUAUCUGCACCAGGCCGUCAUAUCGAUAUGAUGAAUCUGACUCAGCUGAUGUGACACGGACCCACGGCAGAAGAAGCGUUACAUUUAUGAGCAUAGAAAAACAAAGCGGAAGAGGGCCUUUAUUUUUUUGUGCGGUAUUUGUAAUAUUUCAUCUAAAGUAUUUCGCUUCGGCACGCACUCUAACGUGAAAAACCCAACAAUGUGUCCAUGUUAAAAGUUACCUGGAUAACUGCGCGUCCGUUCCUCAGCUUUAGUAUUAUGAAUUAAGGACCCUCGUAGAGUGACGUGGAUCAAGACUGCAGCAGGAGAUUCCUGCUACUGCGUACCUCUGCCGUGCUUAAACGCCACUGGGCACGUCGAGAAACCGAAGAACAUCGACCAAUGAAAACGGCGUCCGGAGAUUCCGUCUUGAUGGCAACUUUAAUCUUCACAGAUGCUACAAGCCAAAAUGUACUUCAAGUGUGAAGCCAAAAGGUCCCAAAAGGAGAAGCACACGUUGUGAUCAAUUCCAAAUGCCUUCAAUGCCCACAGACUUCGUAGCUAAAUCAGCAUUUUACGUCUCAAAACUGUCUCGAUGAUUAUUGUUUUUUUUUUUUUUUUGUCGUCAUUGUCUUAAAUGAUAUUAUGAGUUCAUGCAUGAGGAUGGAUAGUGAGGAAGCUCCACUGCUUCGUUUGCUGUCAGCUGUGGCACAUGUCCAUCAAAAAAAAUGUUAUGGGGAAAAAAAUAUAAUGUGGAGCAGUGCAUAUUGUAUUUUCCAUCUGUGUCCACUUUGUGCUGUCCUGCUGCCGCAGUACUGUGCUCUGAUUGCGUGCUUAUAAUACAUCAUAAAGGACAUUCACUACAGGCUCCUGGUAUGGCUAAUUCCUGCCGUGUUGAUUUAGCUCAAAGCAGAUGAAUGCGUUUUUUUUUCGACGACGGAUGAAUUCGGAUCAGACUCCAUGUCAGCAAACCUGGUUCUCCCUGCACGGCUACAUUCAAUGGUCCUGGUUUUUGACCAAACAAGGGAUUUUUUUUUUUUUUUGUUUGUUUCUUUGUUUUAUUUUUUUAAAUCUACUAAUAAUGGUAAACGACGGAGAAGGCGUCAUUCAGGCCUUUGACCGGAUAUCGCCUCUGCGGUUCGGGAUACUUUUGGGGGGAUACUUGUGGAAGGGAGGGACAGGCAGAAGGGAACUACAAUGGUGCUAUAAAUUGUCUACAGGACUUCAGAACUUCAAUGAGCCAACAACCCGUCGUGUGAAUCGGGUUGUGAACCCAUCUGGCGGAACAUCGAGAAUAACAAUUCAGCUUCACAGCGUUAGUCCUGUGGAAUUACAACUAUUGCCUUAGUACCAAAUGUAUAUUCUUGCACAUGUCUCUGUAGAUACGUUUGUUGUUUCUUUUUUUAUUAUUAUCAUUUUAUUUGAUAAUAAGUUUAAAGAACUUGAACGUUUUAUUGUAAAAAUGAACAAAAAUGUCCUGAUACACACCCCAACUCUCUGGGGAACCUCAUCUAAUAUAUAUUGUGACACAAAGUGGUAUUUCGACAAAGAACUGCGUGUGUGAUGUGAAAUGGGCUGUACCUGAGCCACAGUAAAAGCGUCUGCUGCCUGUGCAUUAUAUGUGUUGUCAGAAGAAAGGGAGAUGGACUUGUGGUAUGGUCAAAGUGUCAUUGUUACAGUGUGUGCCAAGAUCCACUUUAACCUAAUUCUCAGUAGUUUAUGUUAAUUUUCUCAAAUGUUUGUAGCCCGAUGACGGUAGCUUCUACAGUCAUUAAAAGGGUCAGGUGGAAAAAGGUAAA